GCAUCAACGGAGGAGUGGCAUCUCCAUGAGGUCGCUGAGGAACAGUUUGCUCUUCCCCAGUUCGCACACAUAGAAUGAACCCGUUAAGCAGAGGCACUCUUCCCCCAUCUCAAGUGAAUGGAAGAUCCAAUCGGCGUAUAACCUCCCCAUGAAGAUGCAUUUAAGGGGGGCCACGGGAGGAGGAACAAUUUGAUCGAGGGAACACCGAUGAGUGAAGCAUGGCCACCCCCACACACAUAUGAGCGAAACGACCAUCAGGUACAUCCAUGCGGGGGGAUCUACCUCACAGCUGUGACGGGGCUACCUACGAAAAUAGACCCCCCAUGGUUGGGUUACCUCCCAUCCGGUAAAGUCACAGCGCAGGAGGGAGUCCCAUCCCCAGGCGUAGUCCAAUGUAGUCAGAAAAGCGGCCUGAACUGCAACCCGAGCGGGCCCCCCUCCCCAGCGCCGCUCCACACCGGGGGGCCCAAAAUGAAAGUCGCCGUCACGGCGCUCACUCUCUUCCUCUUCCCAACCAAAGGCGAAGCAGUGGCGAAGUACACCUUCAUCGCGAGCCGCCCGCGCUUUCCCCUGCAAAGCGGCAGAGAGGGGACCCACACAAAUGUGGGAAGGAAAAAAAAAAAAAAAAAAAACCAAAUAAACCAAAUAAACAUCAGCGGAAACGACCUGUUCGAAUACUUCGUCACGUUAAGCAACGAAGAAGACAAGAUGAACGAAGAAAGAAAAAAAAAAAAAAAAAACUACUCCGUCACGUAUAUCCAAAAAUUGCCCAAAAAAAACCUCCUCCUAAAAAGAUGGAAAUAUGACUUGUAUGAAAAGAUAAAAGAGAAAAUGAAAAGAGACCAACAGUUGAUGAGCAGAACUAAGGUCUGUAGACACAAGUACAAACUGCCGGUUGAUUUUUUCAAGCUAGGGGACCAGGUGAGAGGGAAAAUUGUGCAGGUGGAAGACCACCUGAUUAAGCUGGACAUAAACGCCCUUAACUUUGCACACCUCUACAUUAAACGGUACUCUGAGGAGAAGGCGCAACUGAGGAAAAAGUUCCAGGUGGGGAAGCACAUCGACGUCGUCAUAUGCUACAUCCACAGGAAGAACGGGAUCAUUCAGGUCACCGACAAUGAGGAGGAGAUUAAGGCGCUGCGCCGGGGCUUGCAGAAGUUGCGGGACGCGGGGGUUUUGCGCCCGCGCACUGGGGAGGCAGGGGAGGCAGGAGAGGCAGGAGAGGUGGCAAGCAAUAUGGAAGACUCCUUAGAAGACUCCCCAGAAGAGCCACCCUCGAACCAGACGAAUCUUCCCCCAGGUAACACCGCCAACUCGGCCAACACCGCUAACGCGGUCAACACCGCCAACCCGGUGACGAAAGAGCUGGGCGUGGAGUUCCGAACCAACGAGGAGGGGCAAGACCUCAUGUACGUCAAGGAGGAAAGCGCCUCCGGGAAAAAAAAAAACAUUACGCACUUCAAGAUAGAAGACACGGUAAGCGGCGUGGUCAAAUACAUAAACGAAGAGGGGGCCUACAUAGACAUCGGGUGCAAGACGUUGGCCUUCCUCAAUUUGGGCCACUACAAUAAGGACCCAAAGUCACUCGUCAAAGAAGUGAAGAAGAAAAAAAUAUCCAUCGGAGAUUACCUCAGAAAUUUAAAAGUGAGAAAGGUAGAUGUGCUGAGCCAACGGUUAGAAGUCACCCUAUACAGCCAAGAGGAGGAAGCCUGUCUGCGUGUUCUAAAUCAGCAGGAGACCCUGAAGGAGCAAAACAAAUACAUGCCGUGUCCAUCCUACGUCACGCACAACUACCACAUGAUCAAUUAUUUAAAAAAAUAUAAUGAGUUGAAAAAGAAGAAAAAAAAAAAUGUACAUAAUUUAUUUGACAAAAAAGAACAGCUAAAUGAAUUUAAAAAAAUUUCUCAUUUGAAGAAGAGCCAGUUCGCUCCCUUCAUGCUACGGUACAAUGAGUUGACGUCACCGAAUAGCAACUACGAAGAUAUGCUCGAGCAGCAUGCAGACAAUGAGCAGUUUUUGCAAGAAAUCGGUGCACUUCCCAGCCCAGACGAUGAGCAAGUGCAGGACAAAUUCAGCCUCGAAUCGUUGAAGAAGCAAAAUAAAGCGCUAAGGGACGAAAUUGAGCGUUUUAGGGAGGGCUCUUCCAACACAGAUACAGCAGAUACAGCAGAUACAGAUGGCAAUCACCACAGGGAGGAACCCCCAUUCGGAUCAACCGAAAUGAUGCACCAAAAUUUGAACCAAUUCUUUAGCAACCAUGUGGAUGACCACUCGGAUGAACCCAUGGAGAGGGGCUCCACUGAGAGGAACACAGACGGGUGGGAGGAAGACCAAACUAUCCCCUUGGAAGACGAAGCAGAUGAUUUUUUCCGCCUCUACCAUGAACGGGCGAACCAGAAACUAAAGAACAAACGGGAUGACAGCGUUGUGGAUGGCAACAAACAAACGCUCAGGUACCUGAAGGAUAACAUCAGCAAAAUUAAGGAAAGCGUUCUGGCUGAGGGGGAAAGGAAGACUGCUGUGAAAAGGGAUCGCGGUGAGGAGGUGAGCGGCGCAUCUGGUGAAGCAGCAAGUGGAGCCCCACGUGAUGCCGCAAACGAGAUGCUACGCCGGUGGAACCAAGCCCUAACGGGGGGUGCGAACAAACGGGAGGGCGCUGCACAGGGUGGACUAGGUACGAGCAGGGGCCCCGCGGGGGGGGGACGGCCCGACUGGGCCAGGUACCUCGACGAGGCGGAAGGGGAGGAUGAUGAGGAGGAGCAGCAGGAUGAGCAGUACGAGGAGGAGGAUGAUGAUGAAGACAACCACUACAACGCCGCAGACGGUCGGGGUCGAACCCCAGGGCGGCAUGCGCACCGCGCCGAGGGGAAAGCCAAACCCGCAGACCUUCACUACGUAAACGAGAAAGAAAGGAAAAAAAAGCUGAAAAGGAGGAACAUCUUUCGGGAAGAUGAGCAGGUGGAGGAGGACCUGCCGGGGGGGCGCGGCGACUACGGUGACGAGCAAGGCGAUGGCGUGGUCGGCGAUGACGCAGUCGGUGAUGACGCAGCCGGUGAUAGCUUGGCCGAUGAUAGCUUGGCCGACGAUGACGCAGCCGGAGAGCGCUCCUUCUUCAACGUGAAAAAGGAACUCAGGCACAUCAUCAGCCAAAACCUUAGCAUGAACCUCCCCAAGGACGAAGAGAAGUGCAUAGAGGAGGCGUCCAAGCUCUUUGGGGAUGACAUCAAAACUUGGAAUGAGAAAAUGUAUCACUACUUUGGUGAUAGAGAUAACGUUCCCCUUGAUGGCUUCGACGUUUAUGAUGAAGACGAAUUUAGAAACAACCUAGUGGGCAAGGGGGUCCAGGAGUUUAGCGAAUACAAUAAGCUGCUCGACGCGCAGCAGCUUGACGUGACCAGCGAGAGGGACUUUCUGGGCGCCACGUAUGGCGGGGCGGGCGGUCCGGAUGGAAGUGGCCCCACUGGAAGAGGGCCCAUUGGCGGAGAUCCCACCAGCGGGGCACUCAGCGGAGACAACCUCGCAGACCCCGUCAGCGAAGGGACCUCCGAGCGGGGAAGCACAUCCGCGGGGAUAGCCCCUCCACCAGCAUCCACCACGCAGCAAGCCAAACUGGGUGAAGCCCCCCUGGAGGAUGAUCUCGAAAGUUACUUGAGCACCUUCGUGGAUGAGGAGGGGGAGCAUACGGAUCAGAAGCAGCACCAGAAGCAGCAUCAGGCGCAGCAUACGAAGCAGUAUACGCAUCAGCAUACGCAGGAAAAAACGCACACACAGAAGGGCGGCCCAGAUUUGCUCCCCCCAAAAGGAAAAGUGAAAGGAGAGAAGACACCCGUGGGGGAGAGCACCGACGAAAGAGCAUCCAUCUGGAGGGAUGAGAUAGACAAAGGGGGCUGCCUAGAAAAUGGAGCCACUCGUCAACCCAGUGAUGACACCCAGAUGAACAGAGGAGACUCAAACGAGGGUGCAAACUCCCCUGCUGAGGAAGAAAUAAACGUGGCGGACAUCGUGAACAAGGCCAUAAACAUUGGGAAUCUGUUUAGAAGGAAGGAGCUGGCAAAGCUGAUGCAAAGGAGGAAGACGCAAGAGAGCGAAGGGCGGGGCGGUGCUGAUGCGGGGGGUGGGAAGUUUCCCCGUGGAGGCGAUGAACAAUGCCGCUACGCACAGGGAUUUGUGGAGAAUCCGCAAAGUAAGCCCUUCCUAAGAGUUAGCAAAAUUGUGAAGUAUGGCGACAAGGAGGGAACAGCCCCCCUGGAAGUGAAGGAACAGGAGAAGCAAAAUCAAAACGGGAAGAGCAACGGUGAGGAUGACGCCAUGGGAAGUACCCUCCAGGAGGACCACGACGAGCUGAAGCCAUACAGGCACGCGUCCUACGAGGUGAGGAAUGAGGAACUGGAAGCAGUCGAAGAGGGAAACGACGAAGACGUCAUUUUAAAUGAGCAAGACCUGUUGAGCAAGCCCAGUGAGGACAUACAAAGUGAUGAUAAGAGGGACCCCCACGACGAAGGGAAGAAAAAAGAACUUUUGAAUAUCGACCGACAAAUGGACCUGCUCUUCCUACAUGGGCAGGAGGAUAACUUAACGGGAGGAAAUUACGUGGAGAAGUUGCUCGGCGAGGAAAAAUAUAAAAAUAAAAGUGCCAACAAGGAAAUAGACUUCCUCAUUCGGAAUUAUAGGUAUGUGAAUGAGCACCCGGAUGAGCUCAUUCAAAAUUAUUACAGCUCCAAGGGGGGGCAGAAAAACACGCCUGUGGAUCUUCCAAAUGGUGAAGUGAAAAACCGCCUGAGGGGCAUACCAAACGGUGGUGUGUACAAAGCGGAAAGGGGGGAAAAACUCCCAACAGUAGAAGGCAAAGGGGAGGGAAAAACCCACACAGCGCGCUCAACCGACUUUAACAUAAAGCAAACAAAUGGAACCGAAGCAGAAGCGAAUCACUUAUCCGAUGAAAGCCUAGCCCUCAGAUCGUGGGCCUUCAAAUUGGGGCUCUUAAAAGAAGAGCAUAUGCACCUUGACGACCAGUCCCUGAUUAACCUCUUUGUGAGGAACCACAAGUUUAGAAGAGCCUUAAAAUGCUACGGCAUUAAAAAUGUGCAAAAUGUUUCCAUACCGCUGAUUUAUAAAAUUACAAAGCUGCUUUAUUUUGAGCGGCCCUUCCCCAGGAAGGAGCAAACGAGAAAGUUAAACAUGGAUUAG